GUGGCAACAGUUAGGCAUCGUUCUGCGUGUUGCAGGUCCCAGAGGAGGCAGAAGAAAUGUAGAAACGGAGAGAGCGGUCGGACGAGCGAGUUGACCGCUUCCGGUAGCCAAGACGACUCGGACUCGGAGGGUGGCGCCUCGACGCCCAGCGCCGAGCGAAAUCCUUUGUCCAUGUUGUCGGAAGCCAGUUCCGAGGGAUUCGAUCAGCUAGCCAAACAGAGCCACCGUGAGAAGUACCUCAAGAAUGCGUUUGAAUCUCUGAGUGGUGCCGAGGAGCCCACGAGCAGAAACGUUAAAGCUACCAGCAUCAGCUCCCAGUUUCACGGAAGGCUGAGUGGUGGUGGCGGUGAUAACGGAAGCAACAAGGUUCGCAACAACGCGGCAGUGGUGGCGAAUGCGAUGAAGCAGGCCAGAGGUGACUUGGACGUUGUGAAGAAGCGCGAAGAGUUGCAGAGGCGAAUAGAGGAAACGAGAAGAAAAUUGCAAAGCGUUGGUUACAAAUCAUCGUUAAAGGCCAGUCAAAGCAUAUCGGACCUGAGCAGCCACAUACCGGAGAAACAUCAUCGUUCGAGUAGAUUGAGCACAGGUAACAAAUCCGGUCAGCAAGCCCAGUACUCGAAACCGAUUAACCUCUGUAAACCCAUACCGAAUCCAAAGCCCCAGUUAAAACCUCAACAGCUCGCUAACAAAAUAUCGAGUGUGGUGGGUAAUGCGCUACCUAAGCUAGAUAUCUCGACUGAACGUUGCUUAUCCAAAAGUCCGACUACGUCGUGCAUUAGUGACAAGACAAAGCCGUCUCUCAGCCGGCCGUUAACGUUAACCUUAAAGAAAACUGAAAAGUAUAAGCUAUCGCUGAACAAACCGAAUCAAUCGUUGCCCGAGUCGCCGGUCUGCGAGGAGCUGAAGCUCCUGAAGGAACAGUGUAGGAAGAACGUUAGCCGGUUCGCGAGGUUCGCGCAGAAGAGAAGGUCGUGCAGCUAUUUCAUCGGGCUGGACGACAACGAGGAGGAUAUGGAGAACAUAGCCAAGUCUUUCGAGAGUUUGCCGGCCAUGAACGAGCGGAACAUUGAGAGUCUGAACGAUCCGAUGGACGACGGCGGUGACGAAGGGAACGGGAACUUCAGCGACGAUUCUCUAGAGGGUGACUUCAAGAAUCCACCCCGACGAUGCGUCAGCGACUAUCAGAUAAACGUGCACGUUGAUCAUCAACAAGGCACUCAGCAGAGGAGCUUCGCGACGUAUCAGGCCACCUUCCCAUCCAAGCGGAUUCUCACCGGUUCUCAAGAAAGUAUCCUCUCCGACGCCUCGGUCGAGUCCUUCUCGAAGGGAAGCGCCGAAAUUUUAGACUACAGCCACUACGACAACGACAGGCAUUCGAGCGCGAGUUUCUUCCUGUCUCGUCGGAAGAUGCAGGCCGGUCGCAGCCACGAGAGCAUUCUGACGGACGAGUCUGACUAUCAGAUGUUCCCGCUGCACGAGAACAUCGAUCAUCGGAGCACCGAGAGCGUGCUAACGGACGACUCGGACUCCCUGGUGAAGUCCGCGCCGCUUGAGAUGCUGUUCGAUUCCCACUACAAGCGAAAGAGGCAGAACUCGGAGACGUACAGCGGCAAUCCGAAUAACGCGGCGAUGCAGUCGAGCAACGCCGACGAGAACCCGGACAACGACCUGACCUCUUGUCGGGCGGUAUUCAGAUCGAAGUCGCUGCAGGACACUCGAAUAAGCCAGGCGAGGAACGAGAAGAACAGCUACUGCUCGGAGAGUAACGCGCAGCCGGCCACGUGCAUCUACUACGAGUUCAACUUCAACGAUCAGAACGACGGUGGGAACGUGGAGAUGCGAAUCGGAACGAAAUCGGACACGAUGUCGCGAAGCAACAGCCUGAAGGUGCCGAAGGAGCCACAGUCGAUGCUGAUCCUGAACGAUUUCGUGGCACACAAGCCGCCGAAGCCGAAACGGAACUCCGCUCGGACGCAGAGCAUGCGAAACAGGGCACGGCCCGCGUGGAACAAGUACGUGGACUCGUCGAGCACGCCUCGCGUCAAGUCCGAUCUGGACGAGCGAGCAGCAGCGAGAACCCACACUGAUGAAACGAAGCCCGACAACGGUAACGAAUCUCUGCACGCCUCGAAAGGGCGGAUCGAGCAACUGUUACAGUCGUCCGGUUACUCACUGCAGCCGAGCGACGACAAGGAUUUGAAAAACAAGUUUUACAGCCUGCAGGCUCGCCGAAGCUCCGACAAAGGUCCGGCGGCGUACGACGCUGGCGGCCCGAUGGACAACUUCGCCUUCGAUCCGAGCGAUCCCUCGCUUGACCAGGCCAACAGCUAUCGAGCGAACGACGAGCAAGCGGACUCCUCCCGCGCGGAGAGGGAUCAACGUUGUUGCUUCGAGAAUCAAAUACCAACGAAAGACACGCAGCAGGAGACGUACGACUCUCUGGAGCCGAACGGUAGCAUAAUCUGUCACGACUUGCAAGCAGCAACCGGAAUGCAAAACACCUCGAAUCUACUGACGACGAACGAACGAAUCGACAAUCUGGACGCGAGCGUCGACCUGAGGAUCACCCGAGCCAUCGAGGGCACCGUGAAACUGCUCUCCAAGGAGUUCGAGAACUUGGUCAGACGGGAGCAGUACUUCAUGAAGGAGAAGUGCCUGCGGAUGUCGCAUUGCCAGGAAACCGGCGAGAACGUGGCCAAACUGGAGGCAGAGAGGGACAAUAGAGGGUUCUGUUCCCUCAGGCGAGACAUAAGGUUCCAUUCAGGCGGCGAGGACAGCGACUGCGCGGACAAGUCGAUGAUGGAAAGCGGCUCCUCGACGUCCGCCUCGAGCUGCACGAACUCGCCGAAGAGAAUGUGGCCGCCAGCCUCCCGCUGUCACAGCCACAUGAAGUGGACUAAAACCCUGCCAACGAUUAACCAAGCCAUACUACCAUCGUCCAAGCAUCUGUACGCAGGUACACUCACCAAGCCACCGGAAACAGAAGUUGUUCUAUCGUUCUCUACUCGUCUACUCGUUUGUUCUUUUCAGGAAAAGUAGGUAAAAAUACCAAUGUUUCGGCGAGAAGUGGACUAGGAGGUGCGACCAGUGGGAAUCAGUUGCGGCACAGCUCGACGAAGAAUCAUUCCUCUCACAUGACAAGAAGUAGCAGCGUUGGCGUCUUGAAUCAGAGCGAUUCCGAGUCGGAUGUCGGAGCAGGGAACAACAGCAGGGGUUGGAACAGUCAAGCAGGAAGUAACAGAAUAAGCGGGCUGAUGAGGCCGACGAUCAGUUCGCAGAACAAGAUCAAUCAUCAAGCCAAAUCCAACUCCUCUUCUAACAGCAACUUCCCUUCCGUUCUUAGAAGAAGAGGCAUGCAGGGGGCCUAUUCAAGUGUGAAUCUAAGUCAAGUGGGUAAUCAAGAGGAUUCCAGCUCGGAAGACACUUCUUCCAAUGGGAACGGUGGGAAACCAGCACUCCCCCCGAGACCUCGAAGCAUCAGCAUCGAUCACUCUGCCGCGAGCUUGAGUCUACCUGGUACGACAGUGAGGCGGUCAGGAUCAACGACCAUCAUAACUAACGGUCGUAACGGAAAUGGCACGAUAGGACAGAGUGCGAGUCGGAUGACGGCAACGAGUCGCAAUCAGUUAGAUCCUAGCCCUCAGGAACUUCCAGUUAAAGACACUGAUCGUGCCAUUGAUGUAGCCAGUGCUGAAUUGUCGACGCAGCUGUGCAACACGAUCGCGGACGAGUUAACACGAACGGCGGACAACGUUGUGCAGCUGUACAAACGUUUGACGAUAGAUAACGAGGAUGAUCCGUCCCGAGCGAGCAUCGACAGGGACACGAUGCUGCGCGGCCUCGAAUCGUCCGUGAACGAGACGAUGCGCACACUGCGGCUGGUGGUCUCAGGCGGCGAUGGCCACGAGGGCUCCUCCGCCAACGCCGAGAACGUAACGAUGAACGAGGCCACCGCCAAGUUCCAAGAGCUGCUUGCUGGCCAAGAUCAAGGGAAAGUGGUCAACAUGAUGCAGCAAUACUCCGAGUUGCUGCUGAACAUGAUGCAACAGAGAAUGGGAGGGACGACGCAGUCAAGCCAUACGUAA